AUGGGCCGCCCGUUGCCGGACAAAACUCUUGACGAAAUGGAUGUCAUAGCUCCGUAUUUGAAAAAUACUGGCACGCCCAACCACUCCUCGAUCGCCACCAUUUUCUCUGGUAUCUUCCGUCUAAACCGGCCUCUCAACCACACCGCUGCGGGAGCUCCACCAGUGUCGUCCGCCUUUGCGUUCCUAGCGACGCUGUCGCCCAGGUAA